UGUGUGUGUGUGUGUAGGGGCCAUUCCUCUUUCAUUUGGGAUUUUCUUGACUCCUCACACUCAUCACAACUCUACUGGCAUCCCGAGCUGCGUUGCUAUCCACACACAUGAAGAUUUGAUGCCAGAUUUUGAAACAAAACAGAGACAAAUCCACCGACUGACACAAUGACUGCAGUGAAUGCACCGCGAGACAGGUACAAUGCAGUAUGGAUCAUAUUCUUCAUUCUUGGUCUGGGAACUCUGCUGCCAUGGAAUUUCUUUAUGACUGCUACCAUAUACUUCACAGGACGUUUGAAGGACCCUUAUUUGAAUGAAGAACAUAAUCAAACAGCGGUGAAAGAGGGUGACACGCGUAACGUCCUAGAGUCAAAGUUCAACAAUAUGAUGACGUUGUGCGCCAUGGUGCCACUGCUUAUAUUCACCUGCCUUAACUCAUUCAUUCACCAGAGGAUUCCUCAGAAGUUGAGGAUCUCGGGCAGUCUCUCUGUCAUUCUCGUACUUUUUCUCAUCACAGCAGUGUUGGUAAAGGUGAAGAUGGCUCCCCUGCCAUUCUUUGCUUUCACCAUGAUCAAAAUCAUUUGCAUCAACUUGUUUGGUGCUGUUCUUCAGGGAAGUCUAUUUGGUCUGGCUGGUCUGCUCCCAGCGUCCUACACUACACCCAUCAUGAGCGGCCAAGGGUUUGCUGGAACGUUUGCGGCCUUCUCCAUGAUCUGUGCACUUGCAAAGGGCUCUGCGUCACAGGACAGCACCUUCGGCUACUUCAUUACAGCCUGUGUUGUUAUUCUCCUUGCCAUCGUUUCAUACCUUGCCCUGCCCAGAAUGGAAUUUUUCCAGUAUUAUUCUGAAAGCAAUGGCUUAAGAAAUGUCAGCGACGAGGAAAACAAGAUGGACUUGCUGAAACCUGAAAGUGAAGCAGAGAAGAGACCAGUGGUCAGUCUGACAAAUGAAGAUACCAGACCCACAGUGUCAGUGUUUGCCAUCUUUAAACAGAUCUGGGUGAUGGCUCUUUCCGUGUGCAUUGUCUUCACAAUCACUAUUGGCACAUUUCCAGCUGUCACUGUUGACGUCAAAUCUACUGUGGCUGACGGGGGUGCUUGGGAAGAAUACUUUAUUCCUGUGUCCUGUUUCCUCCUCUUUAACGUAAUGGACUGGGCCGGUAGAAGCCUCACCGCUGUGUGCAUGUGGCCUGGUAAAGACAGCAUCUGGCUGCCCAUCCUGGUGAUCGCUCGUGUCGUGUUUGUGCCUCUCUUCAUCUUCUGCAACGUACAGCCCAGAAACUACCCCUGUGUUUUUGCUCACGAUGCCUGGUACAUCAUCUUCAUGAUUCUUUUCUCCUUCAGUAACGGAUAUCUGGCUAGCCUCUGCAUGUGCUUCGGACCCAAGAAAGUAGCCCAGCAUGAAGCGGAAACCGCAGGGGCCAUCAUGGCCUUCUUCCUCUCUCUCGGUUUAGCUCUGGGAGCUGCAUUAUCCUUCGGUUUUCGUGCCAUGAUAUAAAACCCCGACCUAGUUCCUGGAACGAUGAAGAAGACCAACUUGAUCUCAUCCUAGUUAAAACUGAAAUGGAUUCAUUAUUGUAUUGAACCACAGAGCCAGAGAGAAAAAGUUUUUGUCCUACAUGUACCUCUUUUUGCUGUUAAAACGGGCCGCCUGAGGCACUAUGAACAAGCCAAAAUCUAUCAGAAGAUUUUUUACAUUUUGUAGGUGUAUAGUUUUUGUAUAUUGUGCCAAUUCAGUAUUAAGCAAAGCUGUAAAGUUCAAGUAGACCCAACGAGGCUUUGUGUUUUAUUUGUAUUUUUAGAAAAUGAAUUAGUUGCCCUUAAAGGAAUAUUCCGGCUUCAAUACAAAGUUUAAAUUAAUUUUGACUCGUCCGUCUUUUUCUUUAAAAACAAAAAUCUGGGUUACAGGCCGUUAACCUUUUCUCUAAGAAUGAAUUGUGCCAGGGAAACGCGCCGGUUAUUUGCUUGCACUGUUUAGUGCCCAAUACACGGCACGAGUAAUGCUGUAAACCCUUAAAUGACCAAAAAAAAACAACUAUUUAAACAACUUUACAGCUCAAAUAAUACUCAAGUUUUAACAGCAUUUAAGUGCUUUUAUGGAGUUAUAAGCUUCACGCUUCUGCCUUUAAACCCUUCAAACAUUGGGCCCAUUAACUUCUAUUGAAAGUGUCUCACUAUAACCCAGAUUUUUGUUCUUUCUUUUUUUUUAAACAAAAGGAGGGACGAGUCUGAAUCAUUUUUGUGGUAAUCAACGUUAUGCCACAAAUGCUGUCGAUUGAGCUUAACAUAUAUUCCUUUAACCGUUUUAUUUGUCAUGUUUUUCGUUUAGUGAUGGCAAAAGAGAUAGUUAGGCCAGUAAUUCUAGAUAAACUGUACUGUAUCAUAACAAGAAGGGCCCUAGUUUAACUUCAUGACGACUCGUGUAAUUUUUAAUCGUAAAAUCAAUCCAUAUGUAUGUCAAUGCAUGAAUGAGGUUUGAUAAUUGUUUAUCUUUAUUGAUGUGCCUUCAUUUUGACCGCAAUCGGUGAUUUUAAGUCAUGAGUGAAGGCCUUACAGUAUUACAUUUGACAUUAUAAUAUUGUUUAUACAGUAUCUUUGUUUUAUAACAGCUUUUUGUAUGAUGUAUUUUUAAUUCAGUGUGUCACAUGUAUGAUGUGCCUAAAUUCUAACAACUUGUUUUGGCGGCUUUUGAAUGGGAUGUUUUUUUAAAAAGGCAAAAUGGAAAUGUGUGGGUGGGUUGGGGGUUUGAAGGGGGUAGAAAUAAACAUUUGUAUUUGUAUUUGUACUGUGUUGUUUGCAGGGGGUCAUCCUGCGCUGCAUCAGUCAUACAGCUGCAUGUGUGUUUUAAUGCAGCGUUCAAGCAGCUAUGGUCUGUAAUUGUGGCAAUCCCAAGAAAAUCUCUACUCAUCGUUGCUAAAUGGAUCUUUAUGAAUGAAAUAUUAUGCUAUAUAUUCUCCACCCAUGAAAACUAAAUAUUAAGCGACACUUACUGUAGCACAUAACCUACGCAUAAGUUACACACAUGCAUUUUCUCAGGCACUUUUUGAGUCUUAAUAGGCACACAUUUCAGUAUUACACCCAAAUGUCAAUAUCCAAAUCACACUGUUCAUGUGUUACACUUGCUAUAGUUUACUUCCACGUUGCUUCAUCAAAUAGCAAUGUCAAAUGUAAAUCAAGUCAAUCACUGAAACAUCAGUGCCACCUUGAGUAAGAAAUAGCAUGUAUAAUAUGUACGCUAUAUGUACACACAUAUGAAAUACUGAUAAUUCACCAUUGUUGCACAGAAAAUCAAUGUGAUAUUGUAGUUAUUUGUAUGAAUAUA